GAGCACCUUCAUUCGCGAGUUCAUUUUAUUGUUUUUCGAGUCGUAUUCAGCUGCGGUGUGUGUGCACGCGUUGUCUAGGGCGGCCACACACACACAUAUAUAUACUAAAACGAAACUUCACGCGCUUUUCCUGUCUAGUCUUUCUUCCUGCCUUUUUCAAACAGGCGCGUCUCUCCUUCUCUGUUCUUUGUUGCUGCUUCGUGGAGCAGCCGCCGUUGCUUCAGUUUCAUCGCGAAAACCCACCUUUCCCGGCCGCGUCCUCCUCCUCUUCUUCCGCCAGCAAAGAGGCCUUCUUCCACAUCGCUUCUGUUCUCCUGCCUUCCUCCUGUGUAUAUAAACACUCGUUGUAGCGUUCUCCUUUGCCGAUCACGGAACACGCUCACAAGCUCACGCACACUCACGGGUCACCGUAGUUCAUCAGCGGUAGGAGUUGCGUGGUGUACGUGAGAGAUUCACACGGUUUCUUCUUCUAUAUUAUUAUUUUCUCUACGGCUUUUUUCUUUCGAUGCAUCGCCUGUCUCGUCUUCUCCGGUGCGACGCGGUGGCAGCCGCGAUUGUUACGCGCACCUCCAUCAGCGACGCCUUCCGCCAGGUGCAGAAGGUGUGGAACGUCGACUUCAAAGACGGCCCAGUGACGACGCGCGCGCUGACCUUCAACGACGAGGCCGACCCGGCCGCGCCGAUUUUUCAUGUGUUGGAUCUCGACGGACGUGUCGCCCUAGACGGCGCCACAGGCAAGAACGCGGAGGCAGAGACGGUGGUGGAUGAUGGGGCCACCGCCGAACUGCAAGGCGCCGACGGCGGCGAGGUGUUUCGCUAUCGCGUCGGCGGCGAAGUCAGCGUCAUCUCCCGCGUCGUGAUCGAGCAUAUGCUGCGGACGAUGCUGGUGCACAACACGAUGGACAAGAUCAUGCUGGAGGCGCAGCGCCAGGGCCGUAUUUCCUUCUACAUGACGAUGUUCGGCGAGGAGGCGGCGGUGAUCGGUGCGGCGGCCGGACUGGCCAGCAACGAUGAGCUGUUCCUGCAGUACCGCGAGUCGGGCAUCCUCACCUACCGCGGCUACACCAUUCCGGAGUUCAUCGCGCAAUGCAUGGGCAAUUGCGAGUGCGACAUGAAGGGCCGGCAGAUGCCGAUACACUACGGCAGCAAACGGCUGCAUGUGCAGAUGGUCAGCUCACCGCUGGCGACGCAGAUCCCGCACGGCGCCGGCGCCGGCUACGCCUUUCGGCUCGAGAACGAAGCACUGCAGAAGAGUCUGCCACCGGAUACGCGGCUCUCCACCGCGCCCGACGCGCGCAUCUCCGCCGUCUUCUUUGGCGAGGGCGCGGCGAGCGAGGGCGACUUCCACGCCGGGCUGAACUUCGCCGCAACGAUGGGCUCGCACGCGCUCUUCUUUGUGCGCAACAACGGCUACGCCAUCUCGACCCCCACCCACAACCAAUACAUGGGCGACGGCAUCCUCGGCCGUGCGGUGGGCUACGGCCUCCCGGCGGCGCGCGUGGAUGGCGCGGACGCCCUGGCCGUCUACCACACCGUGCGAAAGGCGCGGGAGAUGAUCUUGGACCAGCGCACCCCCGUACUGAUCGAGGCGCUCGCCUACCGCGUGUCGCACCACUCGACGUCGGACGACAGCACGGCCUACCGCGCUCGGGAUGAGAUUGAGUACUUCACCGAGACGUUUAGCCCGAUCGCGCGCUUUGAGCGCUUCGUGACGGAUCGUGGGUGGUGGACGCCGGAGCAGUCGCAGCAGGUUAUUGAGGCGACGCGCAAGGAGGUGCUGAGUGAGCUGCGGCGGCAGGAGAAGCUGCCGCCCUGGCCGGUGACGAGCCUCUGCGACGAUGUGUUUGAGAACUUGACGCCGGAGCUGGAGCGGCAGAAAGCGCAGAUGAUGGCGCAUUACGCGGCGCACAAGGAGAAGUACGACCAAGAGAAGCUGUAA